AACCAGGCCUUCUACUUGGAUACCUGUGUUGCCAAAAAAGAGAUAAACUUGAAAAAAAAAAUGGAUUUACUGAAUCACCUAUUCCUAUAGAAAGUAAUAUAAGAAAAUUUAUCAUUCAGACCCAUAUUUCCCCCCUUUUUUUUUAUUAAAGAAGCACCAUGCACAAGGGCUCCCUGUGUUAAAUUCUGGCAGUGCAUUCUUUCCCAGAGCUCCUCCGCUAUUCUGGGAACGAGUGUCUGGCAGUGUAACCUUGAAUGUCCUUGGAUGACAUUGAAAGACGUCUAAAUUUUGAAAUUGACCGAAGAUAUAACUCCAACGUUAGUGAAAUAUAUUCGAGACUUAAAUAUUAAUUAAAAAUAACUUUUGAGGGGUAUUCAUUUGCAAAAAUCUUGUUAAAAUACGGCAUGUUUUCUAUUGUUUUUAUUAAUACGCAAGCGUUCUAGGUCAGAGCCUCGCUUUAAUGCGACCUUGGUUAAACUUCCAUCUCUAUAUAAACAAACCGAUCGCUGUGAUCUCGUCAGAACUGUACAUCUCUUCUAACAAAACUGCUCAUAAUGGCGGCUAUCCAGGCAGCCCUGGUAUUCGGAUCGAUCAUUAUUUUGCUGUUUCUUCUCGUGAAUCACCGCGCUCGUAGGGUGAGAGAGAUGCACAAGUUUCAAUCCCCGCCGCCGUAUCGCAUGCUGUUUGGAAAUACUCUCGAACUUAAAGACGAGCCUUCAGAGUUCUUUGAGCAGAUGAUGGGCUGGUGCAGUCAGUUCAAAGGAUUUUUCUGUCUGUGGCUCUCAUUUGCUAAACCAUUUUUUCUUAUCUACGAACCUAAGACAGUAGAGGUUAUCCUGAGUAGCUCCAAGCAUAUCACAAAGGCUCAGUUCUAUGACUUUCUCCUGCCCUGGCUGGGCACUGGUCUCUUGACAAGUACUGGGGAAAAAUGGAAAAAACGCCGCCGUCUUCUCACUCCAACUUUCCAUUUCAAAAUCCUGAAUGACUUUGUGCAAGUGUUUGACGAGCAGUCUCAGGUCAUGGUCUCAAUUUUAAAGUCUCAACCAAGUGAAAAAGUCUUCAACAUUUUCCCUUUGAUUGGCUGCUGUGCGCUGGACAUUAUAGGAAAAACUGCUAUGGGCGUUAACAUAAAUGCUCAGAAAAACAGUUCUUCAGAGUAUGUGAAAGGCGUGAUCAGGAUGAGUGAACUUGCUCUGAGUCGCUUAAAGCGACCCUGGGUCCACCCCGCAUUUCUGUACUAUCUGACCAAUGAGGGACGAGAACACAACAAGAUUCUCAAACUUCUGCACGACUUUACCAAUCAGGUGAUAGCUGAUCGAAUUCAUGAGCGUCUUAAUUCAAGCAAAGAGCAAGAUAAAACUGAAGAAUCUGAUGAGUUCACAGGAAGGCAGAAGAGGCGUCUCGUUGCCUUCCUUGACAUGUUGUUAAAUGCAUAUGAUGCGGGCGAGAUUGAUGUUGAAGGCGUCAGAGAAGAGGUCGACACCUUCAUGUUUGAGGGCCACGACACCACGUCGGCUGCGAUGGCCUGGACAGUACAACUUCUUGGAGAACACCCGGAUGUACAAAGAAAAGCUCAAGCGGAAGUGGAUGAGUUCUUCGUCACGAAUUCCGGCAGAAUACUUACAGCAGAAUCGCUGAAAGGGCUUAAAUACUUAGAGUGCGUAAUUAAGGAGACCCUUCGUAUUUUCCCGUCGGUGCCUUUGUUUGCUAGAAGCCUUGCGGAGGACUUAGACCUUGAGGGUCGACUCAUCCCUAAGGGGACGAACGUGGGUGUUAUUACGAUUGGACUUCAUCGCAAUCCCGAAGUCUGGCCGAACCCGAUGAAGUUUGACCCCGACCGAUUCUUACCGGAGAAUUCCGAAGGAAGACAUCCGUACGCAUUUGUACCCUUCUCGGCAGGAUCUCGGAACUGUAUCGGUCAGCGGUUUGCCCUACUAGAGGAGAAAGUGGUACUCGCGUACAUUCUUCACAAUUUCAACAUCGUGUCAACCGAGAAGAGCACAAAGAUCAAGACAUGCGCAGAGCUGAUCACCAGACCACGUGACGGUAUCUUCGUUACCUUGACGACGCGGAAGCAGGGACCCUAGACAGAGAGUGCGCACAGAAGCAAGGGCUUUAGGAAUAGAUAAAAGGCACGACAUAUGAUUUAGAAUUGUGGGACUAAGCAGCAGGGAUGUAAAAGUUUUUGAAAAAAAGUAGUUUAUAUUUAGAUAGAAACGGGAAUUCACUCAAAUUUUUUAAGCCCAAAUUGGCAAUUAACCUCGUUUUAGAGUGUUAAGUUUAACAAACGUUUUUGCAAAGCAAUACGCUAAAGUUUAUAAUCUUAGAAAGUCUUGAGAAAAACAUCCAAUUUAUUAACUACUCUAUGGCCUACAUUCAUACUCACUCGUUACCAUAGAUUUAGAAUGUCUUUUAAAUGGAAUUGUACAAAGAAUGACACAAAACUCAAACCUCUUUUUUUGGCUAAAUUUUCUUGAUAUUGCCAACCAGAAAGGUCACGUAUAACCUUUUAGUAUUUACCGAGACACCGGAAUCUCUGAAAAUUGCCCGGAAUGUGAAUAUUAUGUUAUUAUAGUUGGUGCAAUCAUAUAGUGCAAUCAAAAUAUCAAAUAAGCGCCCCCCCGCCCUCCCAACAAUAGAAAGAAAGAAAAAUAGAAGAUGAAAUGCGAGUGUUUAAUUUCUUAAUUCUAAAGUAAUUGCCUCGCUUCAAACAUUCCACGCUCCGAUUUAGCCCCACCUACCCCGCGCUUAUUUUCUUUGUGCCCUGCGUGCAAAGUCAAAUUAGCCCCCCCCCCCCCCCGCCAUCCCAAAAAUAGAAAGAAAAAAAAAGAGAAGAUGAAAUGCGAGUGUUUAAUUUCUAAAUUCUAAAGUAAUUGCCUCGCUUCAAACAUUCCACGCUCCGAUUUAGCCCCACCUACCCCGCGCUUAUUUUCUUUGUGCCCUGCGUGCAAAGUCAAAUUAGCCCCCCCCCCCCCCCCCCCCCCGCCAUCCCAAAAAUAGAAAGAAAGAAAAAUAGAAGAUGAAAUGCGAGUGUUUAAUUUCUAAAUUCUAAAGUAAUUGCCUCGCUUCAAACAUUCCACGCUCCGGUUUAGCCCCACCUACCCCGCGCUUAUUUUCUUUGUGCCCUGCGUGCAAAGUCAAAUUAGGCCUAGAUACAUAAUUCCGGGGUUUUUUCAGGAUUUUUAGAGUCAAACGGGAUUUUUAAAAGAUCUAAGGAUUUUUAAAAAAAAUCAGGAUUUUAAGAAAAUUAUUUAGGGUUUUAAGGUAAAAUUCCUACCAAAUGCUGCCGAUUUUCGGUAGAAAUGUGAUUCUUUCAAAUAGACCGAUCGUCAAUAACCCAAA